AUGAUUCAACGUACCAAGUAUAACCGUUUCAAGAAUGAGUCUGUGACACCGGUAGAUGGUCUCUUACACAACCUGUCGAUGAACAGUAAAGUCUCCACUGUAGCCGGUAAUACAGCUACACCUUCAUCUGAGAUUCUGCAAAAGGAGCAAGAAGAUGGAUCCACCACUCUCUGUACAUUUAUUCACAAAGUGUCCCACAUGAAACUCUCCAGUUCUAGCAGCCUGUUGGGUAUCAAAAACCUUUCCUCUGCAGUAAAGGAGUUUACCGGUUCCAAGUUACAGGGUAGCACUCCUGCUCUUAAUACAACAGCAGGAGCCUCAGACAACACAUGUAACCUUGUCUCUACCCCUCCGUCUUCUCAGCAGGACAUUAGCAAGAUGAACACAGGGAAAAAAACACGGCCAGAAGAAAUGCAUCUAGGAGGUGAAGAUCGGAAUCAAAGUAGCAGUUUUGUCAAUAAACCUUCUCGAGGAUGGCUGCACUCGAAUGAGAAGAUCCUCGGACCUGGAGUGACGUACAUUGUGAAGUAUUUGGGGUGCAUUGAAGUUUUGAGAUCUAUGAGAUCCCUAGAUUUCAACACAAGGACUCAAAUAACAAGAGAAGCUUUCUGCCGAGUUUGUGAAGCUGUGCCCGGUACCAAAGGAGCAUUCAAAAAACGAAAGCCAACAAGCAAACUUCUGUCCAGUAUUUUGGGAAAGAGCAAUCUCCAGUUUGCAGGAAUGAGUAUAACGUUGAAUAUCUCAACCACAAGCCUAAACAUGAUGACGCCAGAUUCAAAACAGAUAAUAGCAAAUCAUCACAUGCAGUCAAUUUCUUUUGCGUCAGGCGGUGAUCCGGAUGCAGCUGACUAUGUUGCCUAUGUAGCAAAAGAUCCAGUUAAUCGUAGAGCUUGUCAUAUUCUAGAAUGCUCUGAUGGGCUGGCUCAGGAUGUCAUCAGCACCAUUGGACAAGCAUUUGAAUUACGUUUCAAACAGUAUUUACAAUGUCCUUCUAAGCUUCCUGCAUUUCCUGACAGAAUGCAAAGUUUGGACGAUCCCUUAUGGAUAGAAGAAGAUGGGUCGACAACGGAACCUCAGUAUUACAACAGCAUUCCAAACAAAAUGCCCCCUCCAGGAGGAAUUAUUGAUGAAAGAUUAAGAACACAGCUUCCAAACCAAGGAGACAAUGCACAGUCAAUUCCCUUAGAGCAAACCUAUUACCAAGGUCGGCAUCUCACCGAAAAGUCCAGUGAAAACUUUCAGCAAGUGGUUAAGAAACAAGCUUCUUUAGACAUAUACAGUCAGCCAGAGGGAAAGUCAGCAGCAAACCAAACAAGCAAUGCACCAACAUAUGUUAAUACCCAGCACAUAAACAAAAAAACAUUGGGGGCUCUUCAGAAGAGUAUGGACAGCAGUUUCUCUGGGUCGGUGGACUUCUCCAAGGAUGUCAGCCCAAGAAAAGAUCUGUUCGAUAUGAAACCAUUUGAAGAUGCUCUCAAAAACCAACCUGUGCUUAACAAAGAUCCAUCAGUUGACUGUUCCAGCCCAUUGCUGUCUAGAGCAGCUAUUCUGACUAUAAGUGAAGAACUGAAGUUAGAGUCCUGGUAUCUGGGAGAAAUGUGCAGAAAAGAUGCUGAAAAACUAUUAAAAAAAGAUGGAGAUUUUCUUGUUAGAAAAAGUAUCAAUAAUCCUGGUUCAUAUGUGCUUACUGGCAUGCACAACGGACAAGCAAAGCAUCUGCUUCUUGUAGACCCUGAAGGCACUGUCCGAACAAAAGAUCGUGUGUUUGACAGCAUCGGUCACCUUAUUAACCAUCACCUAGAGAACAAUUUGCCAAUUGUUUCCUCUGGAAGUGAACUGUGCCUGAAGCAAUCAGUAGAGGGAAGACCUUGA